GGUAAGAGACUAGAGAGCUGUUGCCUGUUGAAGAUGACUCUUUCAUUUCAUGCAAUCCCAUGGAACGUUUCAGGGGACGCCAUUUUGAAUCACUCAAAAUCAAAAGACGACCCCUCAGCAAAAUACUAAAACCAUACAAAUUGACAUUAAUUGCUAUUUCAUCGUCUCAUUCCUCACCACCGUAGCUUCUCUCUUCUUCUUCAAAUUUCGAAUUUCAAACCCCUGCUAACCAUGGCUUCACCCUUCCGGGUCCGCUGCCUCGUCUUCAAAGUCGCCGUCUUUAUCAUCUUCUUCGGCCUAACGCCGUCCAUUUCUCUGGCUCAGUCCGCCGAUUCCUGCAACGGAAUAUUCUUGUCCUACGUCUACAACGGUGGAAGACAGCUGCCUCCCAACGUCUCCGAUUCCAACAAUCAGCCGCAUCGGUUUGAGUCUACUCUCACUGUGCUCAACAAUGGUCUCGACGAACUUAAGUCAUGGAAGGUUUUUGUGGGGUUUCAGCACGACGAGUAUUUGGUCUCUGCAUCAAACGCAGUGCUUGCCGACGGCGCUAGCUUACCUGCCAACGUCGGCAACGGUACUGUUCUUGCAGGGUUCCCUACGACCGACCUCAAGACGGCGGCUGAGACUGCUGGGGACUUGACACAGAUGCAGGUUCAUAUCAAUUUAGUGGGGACACAGUAUGGUGUUGUGCCGCCGGCGGUGCCGCUGCCGUCGAACAUCACUCUCGCCAAUGACGGAUUUGUUUGUCCCAAGUCCACUGGCCGAGGGAAUGAGACUCAUGUCUGUUGCACCAGAGAUUCCAAUUUCAAAACAAGCAUCACCACAGAACAAGAAUUUCUACCUCGCCAGAGUGGUGAUCUUUCAAUUAUGUAUGAUGUGACCGGUACCUAUGAAUCCAAUUACUGGGCUGAGGUUACAAUCUCAAACCAUAAUCCCCUUGGACGUCUUGAUAACUGGAGAUUAAGCUGGGACUGGAUGAGGCAAGAAUUUAUCUAUGCAAUGAAAGGUGCUUAUCCUUCUGUGGUUGACUCUUCUGAGUGUAUCUUUGGUGCACAAGGUGGACACUAUCAAGAGCUUGACUUUUCCAAUGUGUUGAGUUGUGAAAAAAGUCCAACGAUAAUUGAUCUCCCUCCCACAAAGUUCAAUGAUUCGGACCUCGGAAAAAUCCCUUUUUGUUGCCGGAAUGGGACUAUCUUGCCUCCAUCAAUGGACCCAAGUAAGUCAUCUUCAAGGUUCCAAAUGCAAGUCUACAAAAUGCCACCAGACCUUAACCGCUCAGUGCUCACUCCACCACAGAACUGGAAGAUAAGUGGCACACUCAACCCUGACUACAAAUGCGGACCUCCAAUUCACGUGAGUCCGAGCGAAAACCCAGAUCCUACAGGCUUACCUUCAAACAAAUCUGCAAUUGCUAGCUGGCAGGUUGUGUGCAAUAUAACAAAGGACAAUGGGCCAGCAAGAAAAUGCUGUGUUUCAUUUUCUGCUUAUUACAAUGAAUCUGUCAUUCCUUGCAAGACGUGUGCGUGUGGAUGUACAGGCAACACAGGAAGAACUUGUAGUAAAAAUACACCGGCAAUGUUGCUUCCAGCCCAGGCACUUCUUGUUCCAUUCGAGAAUCGUAGUGCCAUGGCUGCUUCUUGGGCUAACAUAAAGCAUUUCACAGUGCCAAACCCAAUGCCCUGUGGUGAUAACUGUGGAGUGACCAUCAACUGGCAUGUGCUCACAGAUUACUCUAAAGGUUGGACUGCAAGGGUCUCACUGUUCAACUGGGGUGAGACUGCCUUUGAAGAUUGGUUUACUGCAGUGGAAAUGAACAAAGCAGCUCCAGGUUUUGAGAAGAUGUACUCUUUCAAUGCAAGUGCCUUGGAGGGACUGAAUAACACUAUAAUGAUGCAAGGUCCUUCAGGCAACAACUAUCUUCUGGCAGAAACAGAUGGAGAUGACCCUGAGAAAGAUCCUAGGGUUCCUGGAAAACAACAGUCAGUGAUCUCAUUUACAAAGAAAAGUACUCCUGGAAUCAACGUGGUUGGUGGAGAUGGGUUUCCCACUAAGGUCUUCUUCAAUGGGGAAGAAUGCUCUCUUCCCUCUGUAUUUCCAAGCAGUGGUUUCAAGAAAGAGUUGUCCUUGUUCUUAACACUAUCACUGCUACUGUUCAUCGUCUUGAUGCAGUUUUAAUGGCGAAGUUCAUCUCUUCCUCCUGCUAUUGUAACAUUCAUCCUGUAUAUCUUAUUCAUUUCAGUUAGAACGAUUCUUUCCAGAGUGAUUAUAUGUAUACACUUCGGAAGAUUGUAGAAUUCUGUUGGACACACGAUAGAAGUUAUAUUCUUUUCUUCCUGUCU